CGCGCCGACCGCCGUGCAGGCAACACGCCUAAGUAGAACACGCUAAUGUCCUCUAGCACCCGCCCUGACGUUGUGCAGUGACCGAGUGGGAACGACGCUGUGAUUUGUUUUGAGUGUGACGUCACUGUGUGCAAGUUGUGAACGUUACAUAAUUGUGUGUUGAGUGCACUAUGCGGUUGUUUGCAACGUUAUGAAUGGUCUGGAUCGCUGCUUCUUCGAUCAACGUGAGUCGCAACAGAAUCGGGAUGACUGCAGUUAUAGUUAUAUAAGCCUGGGCCGGCUUCACCCGUACGGCUCGGGCAGCGGCAGCGGUUCGAGCACCGGCAGCGGGCGGCGUCGCACGCGCAGCCGCGGCCUGUCCGACUCGCCGACCGCCCCCACUACUCCCACCUCGGCGUCGGACAACGCUUCCGACGCGACCCUCACUGACUCUGAGCUGCCACUCGCGAGGGAUAACACGCUACUCGUGCAAAACGGCAUGCUGAGAUCCACAUACGACCGGCCAGAUCACGAACGUUGUCUCCUUGAAGGAUCCCGGCUCCCGCCCGAUGUGCCGCCGCGAAACCCGACCAUGUCUCGGCUAAACGGCCGCAUUACUGGCAACCCCGCUGAUCUAGCGGACUUCGAGCCCUCGUGCCUAGUGCGCACACCCUCUGGCAACUUCUACGUGCCUUCAGGAGACAUACAGAAAAAUCCGUCUAUGGACUACAAAUCGAACUCUUCGUGCAGUAGUCCGGGCAAGCAAGACAAAAGCACAUUAGAGAGGAUGGACCGGGAGCGAGCGCACCCGGCGUUCGGUGCGCCCGUGCCGGUUCUGCCCGUGCGCAACAACCUGCGUGCUUCCCACUUCCCCCCUACAGCCUCGCGCUUCCACUUCAGGAAGGACCUCUCCUCUAGGUGUUCUUGGAAGUGCACCGCCAUAGUGUUUAUAAUUCUCUUCGUACUUUUAUUAGCCAUCGCUUCUUAUAUGACAGCCUCAUACUUCGUGAACUGGUCAUAUCAGACUUCAAAAGCGUGUACAGUACUAGUUGGUGAAUCUACAGAAAUGUUCUCGGCGUCGAAAGCGACGACGAUUGAAUCAAAUAAUAAAUCUCUGGCGAGACCACAUCAGAGCUCGUCUUCAUCCGGCUCAGGUAAUGGGGACAGUCACUUACGCCCACGUAGAAGUGUAGAUGGGCAUGCUUCUUCUGUAUCACCUUCUGUUUCUUUCAUGGAUACUUCCAGUACUGUAGAUAUGCAUGAUCUAAUCACUACAUCUUCUGUGAGCACCGUUAGAUUUGUGCAUGGUGUGACAUCAGCGUCGGCUAACGCUACUAGUAUCAUUAAACCAAACCAAGAGGAUGGAAAAGGUGCUAACAAUGCUUUUGUGUAUCCUAAUGCUAAUAAUAGUGGUGAGCUAGACGUAAGUAACACUGAGCUUGAAACUUCGACUCAUAACAAUGAUCCAUUACGUGCUGCUGAGGAUGUCACGAUUUCAAAAGCAAUAGCUGAUGAAAGUUUUACAACUAAGCCUCCAGUAACCAUUAAAACUAAUAUAGAACAGCCACUGGAAAUGUCGCAUUUGAUGAACGAGGACAAGAGUUCAAAAGAUAUUGCUUACGAUCCUACAUUAAUGCAAAAUGAUGCACUACCUUCAAUAUAUUCUUAUGGAAUACAAAAACUUCAAUACCUGAAGCUUCUUAAUAGAUUUAACGAAAUUAGCGAUGAUUUACAUAUAUCAAUGAACGAAUCUGCAGACGAUGAUUUAAAUAAAUUACAUAACAGAAGUGACACUAAUCCACCUAACAAAAGCGACAAAAGUUUGUCUCAAGCAAUAACUACAACGCCGAUAACAACCACAGUAACUCCAGUAACACUUGUAACAAAAUCAGAAGACAGUACUCCGCCUGUAAUAUCAAAUAUAAUGACAACGCACACCCAGCAUGUUGUAUCUACUACGCAAUCAACACCGAGUGUCACUAACUUUAAUCUGUUAAACAGUACAACUACGAGUAAACCUAGUGACACAACAGCAACCGAUGAAAAUGAAACUUUGAAUAUUGAUACUCAAACGAAAUUUCCCGAUGUUAUACCUAAUGCAAAACACGUAUUAAUUAAUCUUACAAUUUCGGCUGAUGGUAUCGAUAGUGCAGCAUAUAAACCCCUUUAUUCUCUGACAGUAAAAGUUCCAACUGUUGGCGAUAGCAAUGAAAUACCUACAGUCAAAAUAACACCAAUAGAUAUUGAACCAACUGCACCCACAAAUUUCAACACUACGACUACAGGUAGUACUACCAAAGCAAAGACGGAAAACACUGAAGACGGUUGGGGAGGAACUUGCGAAUGUUCGUGCCCAGUUUGCGACGAUACUGACAAUGACAACUUAUACUUUGAUUACAAUGAAAAAUCUUCAACCGAAGCAACUGAAUCUACUCCUGCCGACAUAAGCACAAGUGAAACUUCUUAUACAACAGAUUCUACAAGUUCUACUUCUGUAGAUACAGUUACAACCGAAACUCUUUACGAUAGCACAACAGAUGGGAAAACAACAGAAUCUGAAGUUCAAGAUACCACUGUAGACGUUACUACUGAGACUGAUUUUGUAACAAUAUCUACAACAGCUAUGCCAGAAUGUGUGUGUCCUAAAGUUAAGCCCCCGCCCAUACUUAUAUUGGAAGGUGCGCGUACAUUUCCUGCGCAAACGUUCCCGCCAGACGGAACGACAUUCAUACAAAUUAAUCUAGGUGAAAAAUUAUCUAAAGAAAUCCCUCCAUAUAGUUACUGGAACAUGCAGUUCUAUCAAUCAGAAGCAUCAUAUGUAAAAUUCGACUACAUGAUUCCUAGAGGAGCCUCAAUAGGUGUCUACGCUAGAAGAAAUGCCUUACCGACACACACGCAAUACCAUUUCUUGGAAGUCAUAAGUGGAUUCAAAGCAAGAACAACUAGAGCCUCACAUUCAUCGGUGAAGAAGGAAAUGACCCACUAUAUGGAGCAAGGUCACUGGUUUCUCUCUCUUUAUAAUGAUGAUGGUGACCCACAAGAAAUUUCAUUCAUAGCGAUUAUGGCUGAGGAUAUGACCCACAACUGUCCGAAUGGAUGCUCAGGCAAAGGAGAAUGUCUUAUGGGGCACUGUCAAUGCCAACCUGGCUUUGGAGGAGAUGACUGCAGUGAAAGUGUAUGUCCAGUUCUGUGUAGCCAGCGAGGUGAAUAUAUCAACGGAGAAUGCCAAUGUAACCCGGGAUGGAAAGGGAAAGAAUGCUCUUUGCGACAUGACGAGUGCGAAGUCCCCGAUUGCAAUGGUCAUGGUCAUUGCGUAAAUGGAAAAUGUUCUUGUGUCCGGGGCUACAAAGGAAAAUUUUGCGAGGAAGUUGAUUGCAUCCACCCGACAUGUUCAGGUCACGGAUUCUGUAUCGAAGGUGCUUGUGUUUGCAAGAAAGGUUGGAAAGGACUGGAUUGUGCGACCAUGGAUAAAGAUGCUCUUCAAUGCCUUCCUGAUUGCUCUGGUCAUGGAACUUUCGAUGUCGAUACGCAAACGUGUUCUUGUCACGCAAGGUGGUCUGGUGAAGAUUGUUCUAAAGAAGUUUGUGACUUGGAUUGCGGACCACAUGGAAGGUGUGUCGGGGAGUCGUGUGUAUGCGAUCCAGGUUGGACUGGGGAGUUCUGUACUUCCAAACUCUGCGAUGCUCGAUGCAGCGACCACGGACAAUGUAAAAACGGCACUUGCCUUUGCGUAUCCGGUUGGAAUGGACGUCAUUGUACCCUGGAAGGUUGUCCUCGAGGCUGCGCUGGCCAUGGCCAGUGUAGAGUUGCCAAUGACGGACACUGGGAGUGCAAGUGCUUCGAUGGAUGGGACGGACCUGAUUGUACGACACUAAAGGAACAGAUUUGUGAUGAUUCGAAAGACAAUGACAAAGAUGGACUAGUUGAUUGUGAAGAUCCUGAGUGCUGUCAAAGCGCUGCCUGUAAAGGAAGUCAACUGUGCGUCUCAUCACCCAAACCUACAGAUAUUUUGCUGAGGAAGCAGCCUCCGGCGAUCACCGCUUCCUUCUUCGAGAGGAUGAAGUUCCUAAUCGAUGAAGGUAGUUUGCAAAACUACGCUAAACAGGAAACAUUCAAUGAAAGCCGUUCUGCGGUGAUACGAGGACGAGUGGUGACGUCACUCGGUUCUGGAUUGGUUGGCGUCAGAGUGUCCACCUCCACGCCGCUGGAAGGCUUCACCCUCACAAGGGAGGACGGCUGGUUCGACCUCUUGGUGAACGGAGGCGGAGCUGUCACGCUGCACUUCGGACGCGCGCCGUUCAAGCGGUCUUCGCAAGUUGUCUUCGUGCCGUGGAAUGAGGUGGUAAUAAUCGACGAAGUAGUGAUGACGACUUCGGACGAGAAAGGCGGCAUGGGCCCACCUCAGGCGUGCCUCGCGCACGACUACGACGCCAUGAAGCCGGUGGUGCUCGCCACAUGGAAACACGGCUUCCAAGGCGCCUGUCCGGAUAAAAGCGCUAUACUAGCGGAGUCUCAGGUUGUUCAAGAAAGUCUUCAGAUACCUGGAACUGGUCUCAACCUGGUCUAUCACAGCUCGAGAGCAGCUGGAUACCUGUCCACUAUUCAACUGCAGCUGACUCCAGAGAAAGUUCCCCCAACUCUCGCCCUCAUCCAUCUGAGGAUCACCAUCGAGGGAAUACUCUUCGAGAAGACCUUUGAAGCCGACCCCGUCAUCAAGUUCACUUACCCUUGGAACAGGCUCAAUGUCUACAGACAGAGGGUGUAUGGUGUCACUACCGCUUUAGUCAAAGUCGGAUAUCAGUAUACUGAUUGCAAGGACAUAAUUUGGAACGUACAAACCACCAAACUCAGUGGUCACGAUAUGAGUAUCUCCGAUGUCGGCGGUUGGAACUUGGAUAUCCAUCACAGAUACAACUUCCAUGAAGGCAUCCUGCAGAAAGGCGACGGCGCAAACAUCUACCUGAAGCACAAGCCGCGUCUGAUCAUCACUGCGAUGGGUGACGGCCGCCAACGCGCGCUCGGCUGCGGCGGAGAAUGCGCCGGCGCUGCCGCCCGACAGAGGCUGUUAGCGCCAGUAGCGUUAACUGCGGCACCAGACAGGGCUAUAUUCGUGGGCGACUUCAAUCUAGUUAGGAAGAUCGGCACGGAUGGAACAGUGCGCACGGUGGUUAAACUGAACGCCACUCGUGUCUCCUACCGCUACCAUAUGGCCCUGUCCCCGCUCGACGGCACUCUCUACAUCUCUGACCCGGAAUCGCACCAGAUCAUCAAAGUCCGCAACACCGACGACUACAGCGACCCGGAACGCAACUGGGAAACCGUCGUCGGAUCCGGAGAGAGGUGCCUUCCCGGAGACGAAGCUCAUUGCGGCGACGGAGCUUUAGCCAGAGACGCAAAACUAGCCUACCCCAAAGGAGUCGCUGUGUCCAUAGAUAAUGUCCUCUACUUCGCCGACGGCACGAACAUUCGAAUGGUAGACCGAGACGGCAUCAUCACGACAGUGAUAGGAAACCACAUGCACAGAGCGCAUUGGAAACCAAUCCCAUGUGAAGGCACGCUGAGCGUGGAAGAGGUCCAUCUCAGGUGGCCUACGGAACUCGCCAUUAAUCCUUUAGACAACAGCCUGCAUAUUAUAGACGAUCAUAUGAUCUUGCAAAUGGCUCCGGACGGCCGAGUGAAAGUCAUCGCCGGAAGACCAUUGCACUGCCCGUCGCCUUUGACAGGAUACGAUAUGGAAUUGGCCACGUAUGCUACCUUGGUGAUGCCACAAAGUAUAGCGUUCGGAGCUGCAGGAGAUCUGUACGUUGCGGAGAGCGACUCACAAAGAAUCAACCGUGUACGCCUUAUCACCACCGACGGAAAGAUUUCACUGUACGCAGGUGCUGAAUCUAAGUGCAAUUGCUUAGAAAGAGGUUGUGAUUGUUUCGAAGCCGAUCACUUCUUAGCUUCUAAUUCAAAGUUCAACACGAUUUCAGCCGUCAUCGUGAGCCCUGAUGGCAUAGUCCACAUCGCAGACCAGGCAAACUAUAGGAUUCGUUCCGUAAUGGCAAGUAUCCCUGAUGCGAGUGGAGCGAGAGAAUAUGAAAUAUAUUCCCCUGAUACGCAAGAAAUAUACAUCUUCAAUAGGUUUGGUCAACAUAUUAUGACAAAAAAUAUCCUUACUGGAGAAAACAAUUACGUCUUCACGUAUACCGUUAACACUAGUAAUGGUAAAUUGAGCACGGUAACUGAUGCCGCCGGCAACAAAGUCUUCCUAUUACGCGAUUACUCUAGUCUUGUAAAUUCGAUAGAAAACACCAAAGGUCAGAAGUGCAGAUUGAGAAUGUCAAGGAUGAAAAUGCUUCAAGAGCUAAGGACACCGGACAAUUUCAAUGUCACCUUCGACUACCACGGAGCAACUGGUCUAUUGAAAGCUAAGUACGACAGCACUGGAAGAAGUUACAUCUAUAAAUAUGAUGAGUUUGGUAGACUGACUUCUGCGGUAACACCGACUGGUAGAAUUAUCAAUCUUACAUUCGAUUUGAGCCUCAAAGGUGCUACUGUGCUCGUUAGUGAGAAUAACAGGAAACCAGUAUCAAUACUUAUCAAGGGAUCAUCAGUUAGAACUAAAGUUGGAGAAGCUGAAAAGAAAACUAUAAUUUCAACUGAUGGUAGCAUUUCUUCAAGCAUGCCAUGGGGUCACAUCAUAUCUACCGACACCGUUCCAUAUACUAUCCUAUCUGAAAUAGACCCUAUUUUAGGUGAGAGCUACCCUGUACCAGCAAAACAGAGAACAGAAGUCGGAGGAGACCUAGCCAACCGAUUCGAAUGGCGGUAUUUCUUACGCAGACUACUUUCAAACAAAGGAAAAUCAAGCAAAGCUGUUGCUCAAAUUGGUCGAAAAUUACGUGUGAAUGGAGAAAAUCUUUUGACUCUUGAAUACGACAGAGAUACUUCAACUGUGGCUGUGUUAAUGGAUGACAAAGUAGAACUUCUGAAUGUUACAUACGAUAGAACGGCAAGACCGGUAAAAUGGGGACCUAGAAGCGGCAUAUUCGCAGAAGUAGAACUUGAAUAUGACCGAUUCAAUAGACUCACGAGAUGGAGUUGGGGUGAUCUUAACGAAACAUACGUCUUCGAUAGAGCAGGAAGACUACACGAGAUUCGUUACGGUGAUGGAUCAUCAUUGGCUUAUUCAUUCCGUGAUAUGUUUACGAGCUUGCCGUUGAAAGUAACGACUCCACGAGGUAGCGAUUAUCUGCUAGAUUACGAUGACUCAGGUGCGCUACAAAACCUUACAACACCUCGAGGUCAUAUUCACACGUUUGCUCUGAUGACAUCCCUUGGAUAUUUUAAGUACCAGUACUUCUCGCCAAUGAAUAGGCAUCCGUAUGAAAUCCUAUAUAAUGAUGACGGCCACAUUUUAGCCAAAAUAUUCCCUCAUCAAUCUGGUAAGAUACUGUAUGUCUAUGACAGCACUGGAAAGCUUGAAACAAUAUUAGCUGGAGCGUCUGCUAUAAGAUACGUGUAUCAUGAAAACACACAUCUCGUGAAGAAUGUCGAAAUAACAGAUCCUGAUUAUGAACUGAAGCAGGAUUACAAAUACCACGCAGGUAUAUUGAAAGAUGAAAAGAUGAAGUUCAACUCUAAGAGCGGACUCAACAACGCCCACUUCAAGUAUCAAUAUGAUGGCAACGCUCGGCUUUCGACCAUAGAUGUCAACAUCAAUAGCAAAGAAAUGCCCCAGUUAAGAUUGAAAUACAAUCAGAACUUGGGUAGUCUCGAAGGCGUAAGCGAUUUGAGAAUCUUCAGAAACACGUUCAAUCGUUCUGUGAUGCAAGACACUAGCAAGCAAUAUUUCACUAUAACGGAUUACGACGAUUACGGUAGAAUCAAAUCCAUACUAAUGAACAUAAAAUCUUUCGACGUAUUCCGCUUAGAACUGGAAUACGACGUAAGGAAUAGAAUCAAAUCAAAGAAAAUGAUGAUCGGCGAUACGACCUCGAACGAUAGAAUCAGCUACAACUAUGACGGUCAUCUGAUGGAAGUAGUGGGUUCUGAGGAUGACUGGAAGUACGUUUACGAUGAGAAUGGCAACGUCAUCGGUGUUAUAGAACAUGGCGAGAAACGUUAUCUGGGCUACGACAUUGGCGAUAGAGUUGUCCAAUACGGCGACAUAGAGUUCAGCAGUUACGACGGACGCGGAUUUGUCAUCAGACGAGGAGAACAGAAAUACAGAUAUAAUUCACGAGGCCAGUUCGUGCACGCUUUCGAAAGGGAGAAGUUCCAAACUUGGUACUACUACGACAACAGAAACCGAUUAGUCGCUUGGAAAGAUGAUAAGAAUAAUGUCACUCAGUUCUUCUACACUAAUCCUCAAACGCCGAACCUUAUCACACACAUGCAUUACCCGAAGGCUGAGAAGACUGUGCGAUUCCUUUACGACCAAAGAGACUUCCUAACCUGCAUUGAAACAGAAGACUCGCGCUUCUAUGUCGCCACAGACCACAACGGUUCACCUUUGGCCGUAUUCGAUAUAAAUGGAGAGAUAGUCAAAGAAAUAAAACGAAGUCCGUUCGGAAAGAUUAUGAAGGACUCUAAUCCUGGAUUCUACAUCCCAGUAGAUUUCCACGGAGGCAUAUUUGAUUAUAACACGAACUUGAUUUACUUGAACAACAGACUGUACGAUCCUGUGGUGGGACAAUGGAUGACACCUAGUUGGGAACAUCUCGCGACCAAGUUGAGUCUUCCCACUGACAUUUUCAUUUACAGAUUCAAAAACAACGAUCCUAUAAACAGGAACCAGAACGUCCCCUAUAUGACCAGCCUCGGAAGCUGGCUGCAACUGUACGGAUACGAUAUAGAUAAGAUGAUGGGAUCCAAAUACAUUACUAACAUGAUCUUCCAGCCGAUGACAUCAGUGACAGCUCCUCAGCUCGCUCCUGACUUCGGAGUGAUGUCUGGACUCCAAUGCAUCAUAGAAAAGGUGAAUGACAAGCUGUCGGAUAUAGACUUCGUACCGACGCCGUUGCUAAAGAUGGAGCCUAUCACCAGGAACUUGCUUCCACGGGUGUCGUACAAACGUGGAGUGUUCGGUGAAGGAGUUCUUAUAUCCAGAGUAGACGGCAAAGCGUACAUCAGCGUCGCCGACGGCGCCAACAGUGUGGUGGAAGACGUUAUAACGACAGUGUUCAACAACUCAUACUUCCUGGACGUACACUUCAGCAUCCACGACCAAGACGUGUUCUACUUCGUGAAGGACAAUUCGCUGAAGAUCAGAGACGACAUGGAGGAGCUGAGACGGUUGUCGGGCAAAUUCAACGUGUCCCAAGACGAAACGAACGAUCAAGGCUUAGAGGUACGGGUACACGCCGUCGGCAAAGGCUCAGCGCAGGCAGUGAUAGUGCUCCGAUACGGCGUCGAUCCCGCACAGGAGAGGAUCAAACUGCUGAAACACGCGCACAAACGCGCCGCGGCCCGAGCGUGGGAGAGAGAGAAGGCUCUAGUAGCCGCAGGCUGGGAGGGUCGCGGCUCCUGGACGGAGGAAGAGAAGGAGGAGCUCAUCUCCCACGGCAUCGUCGACGGCUGGGCGGCGCGCGACGUACACUCCGUGUCCAAAUACCCGCAGCUGGCCGACGACCCCGCCAACAUAGUGUUCGUCCGCGACGGCAGACGGAAACGGAGAAAGAGCGGCCGCGCGCGACACCGCUCGUGACUCCACUAACGUGCCAUAACGCCCGCCAUGUUGGAUCCCGCGCGUGAAGUCCGCCAUCUUGAAGAAAAUGGCGGCUUUCCCGCGCGACGAUCGGCCUCUGUAGGACUUUAGUUCUCACUAUUUUUUAUAUAGGACUGAAAUAUUUUCGAUUAGCCGCGGGCUCUCGCGAUCGAUGUAGCUCUGGUAAAUAGUCAAAUAAGGAAUGGGACUGAGAGGAAAUUGCGUGUGAAAGGUGAAUCCGCGACUCGGAUUCGGUUCGUGUGAGGCUAAGGCGCUCCGUACGCCUUGAGGACGGUUCCUGUAUUUCGUUGCUUCUCGUACUUAGGCUUUAUGAUUUGUAACCCCGUAAUUAUUAUGGUGAGCUUAUUUUUGAUAAGUUGACCCCCUUCGUUGGACUGAUUCGAAUCUCAUGUAACAACUCACGACAGGGUACCGACUCAUGAAAAACUAAAUUUUGAAAUUUAUAAUAAAUUAAUAAUACGUCGAACUGAGCAUAAUAAUGAAAUGAAAAUACUCAAACGCGAUCACAAUUUACAUAAUUUUUAUUGAUAUUAAUUUAACUCAAUAUUUUUUACUAUUGUAAACAUGAUCUGAGGUCUUAUAUCCUUGCAUAUACUCGUAUACAUUCACCAUGUAGAAUUAAUAUAAUUUCACGAAUCAAUAUAUUCCUAUCACAUUUUAGCCAAAUAUUUCGUUCUAUCCAUUUAAAAUUUAGGUAUUUGUAAAUAUUAAUAUUUUAUUCUUGUAGUUGUUCCUUUUUAAUGUUAGACCUAAGGUCUUUUUUACUUCGCAAUACUGUUACUAUUUAAGCAAUAAUUUUUGUAUUUUUUAUAUUGUCUUACUUAAUAGGUCUGACUCUUCAAAUUGAUGUCCCCUACUUGUUUUCGCCUUUAGGGACCAUGUCGCAUUAAAUUUGCAGAGAUCAGAAAGUCUUGUAAAGUCGUAUCAGUUUCCUAUCCUAUAGCCAGACAUUUCGUUCGGAGUGACAGAGUUCUAAGUAGCCAUACACUAAUCUUACAGUAACAGUAGAACGGCCUCAUAAUAGACAAAUAACAAAAAAAUUAAAGUAAAAUAAAAAUAAAAAUUACAGUGAACGUUAAUACGUACAUUCUGCAUGUGUUGUGCAAUAAACGAUCAGUAGGAUUUACAGUAUCCAUUUAGGGGAUAACUUCUCGGUGACUUAUUACACUGCGCAUUUAUUUUAGACUGAGGUAUUUUAUAUUAGGACGCCAUGUAGACACUGUCAUUAGUCAAAAUCCUAAACGCGUUUUUGUCGCAUUCGAAAACGCAACAGUAGAUACCUAUAGGACAUACACAAAGCACUUGUUAUAUUCACUUGGGGAUUCCUUCCAUCCUUCCAUGUGUUUCUUUAAUUUAUUCCCAAAAACAGAAUGACGGGGUACAGUAAACGAAAUUCUAUUUAGUCCGUCAGUUCGAUAACCAAAAAAUAAUGGACACGUAUUUUUUCUUUAGGCAAUCAACCAAAAAAUGACAAAGUUAUAGCGCGUCAAAGUUUGGGAGUAGGGGCUCGUGACGUCACUUUUAAGUGAAAAUUGUCCAAAAACGUAACGUCAUGCGACUUUUCAAAUCAAUAUAUCUCGGCAAUGUUUAUAUUAUGUGAAAAAAGAAAAAAUACGUGACAAAUACUUUUUGAUAAUCUACCUGAUAAACGAAGAAAAAAAAAUUAGUCAUCAUCCCUAUUCAAAUGCAGCACAAACUGGGAUGAAGCUUUACAUUACCUUUCAUCCUUUCGUAGUUCAUCCAAGUCUUUGCUUUACAAAAAAAAUGACAGUUGGAAUACAUGGCCACAGAUUUAUAGUUCCACGUUCCUUCGAGUCAUAAGUCAGCGAGAAGGCAUUUAAUAAUGAAUUGUAAUUUAAAAAAGGUAGUUUAUAUAGUACAUGUCCAUAUGUGUCUCAUUUAAAUUGUGGUGUCUAUUCUGUGUUAGAGGUACUAAUUUAAUGCUAGAUGACUGAGUGGCUGGUGAUAUGAUGCGGAUAUUUUUUACAAAAAAAAAGUAUAUUGAAAGGGGAAUAACUAAACUAAGUUUCCCGGGUCCGCUACCGAUGACCCACGCGAAGGUGAUAUUUUUGCAAAAUGUGACUAAACGAAGCAAUACAUUGUAAUGUAAUACGUCUUAAUUCUUUAUUUAGUAUAAAAAUAAGGUGUAAUUUUAUUUAAACUAAUAUUAUAUAUAUUAAUAUGUAUAUUUAAAAAAUAUCUAUUGUGAAUGUAGUUAUUGAUUUUGCGGUGAUAUAAACUAGAGCAGUAUAGUUAUCUUUUUUAAUAAUGUAUAAAGAAUUCUAAUUUGUAAAUAGGUACUUAAUGAUUAUGUAAUCUGUAAAAAUAUUGUACAUAUCUUUACGCUUCGAUUAUUUAUAAUGUAAACCGUUAAGUGAACUAGGGAUUAUGUGAAAGAAAUAAAUUGUAAUAUAAUACCGGAUAGUUGCGGGCGGUGAAUCUUUCUUAGUAAGCAACCCCUGUCAGUUUCCUUGGCAAUCGGACAAUGAAAAAAACCCCAAUUUGUUACUGCAAUCUUUGAGCUGCAAACUGGAAGGUGUCAAAGCCACAAACAUUCUCUUUAGGUAAAAAAAGGUUAUCUGCAUUUUAUAAAAAAAAAAACUGUAAUUUACUCUAUUCCAGGCGUAAGGCGAAUGUAGUGUAAAAUUUAGUUUUAAAAAAUGUGUAGAUAAUUUUUGAGUACUUUUAUGGGACAUCGUGUACUUAGUUAUUGACUUAUCCAGUCUGCAAGCCUUCAGGUGACCUCUCACGUAGCUUCAUACUUGACAAAACAAUUUCACAAUCAAUCAUUAUCAUAGUAUGAAUUACACAUCCAUUUUUUAAAAACUCCUGUACCUACCAAAGACCUGCUUCCAAUUUUGAAAAUUAUUGUCGUUUUAAUCAACAUCAUAGUUAUUUAGCUACUUCAAAAUACUAUAUUUUAUCAAUAAUGUAUUAAAAAUUAAAUCAUAAAAUCAAUGAGUUAUAUAUCUCAAAUGUUUAAUAUUGAUAUUUUUGUCAAGUGAGCAGGUGCGUGUAUAGGCACAUCAAAACGCAAUACUAUAGUCACAGACAUAGACCGAAAACUUUAGUGCAGUCGCACGUGAACAGACUUACCAUAGACUAUAUUUCUAGACUCUUAGAGCUUCGAUGCGGAACAUCACGAACUGCAUUUACAAAUAAAUUGUAGAAAUUAAUUCCUUGUGCUGCAUUUAAUUUGUACUGUUGUAGAUACUGCGUUGGCUGUAAGACUCGGUGGAUGAUGCCUUCUUACAUCCAAUAUAAAAAAAAACAAAUUAAUGUAAAGUAUUGUCUAAACUAAUUGUAACCUUAUUUCAAAUAUCCAAAAAUCUUUUGUCAUUUACGAUAUAAAUGUUUAAAAAAGAACAGUAUUGUUUACUUUAUCGUAAUAUUUGUUAUUCCUAAUCAUAAAAACACCGUAUUUCAUAGUCUUAGAAUCAUUUUUGUAUACUAUAAAAGCACCCAUAAUGAAAUUGGGCAAAAAUUGGGUUUCCUAAUUGUAAUACUAUAAUUUUAUUCAAACAAACCAAUUGUCACCGAGUUUGCCAGUGAGACUUGAAUGUAUAGGUACGUUAAAAUGUUCGAGUGCUCUCAAUUUAACAGUCUUCCUAACUUUAAGAUGUCUGUCAGAUAGUUAUCUCACAGAUAGGUAGAUUCUUAAGUUGGGAAGCGUCCGAGUAUUCAUCGUAUAGUCUGCUAUACUCAGGUAGUCAGAAUGCGUGCGUGCUGUAAGAGACGAUGUAAGCAUGUACAAUAAUAAAUAUAGAAAGUAUUCUAAUGGAAUAUGUAAUAAAACAUUAAAACUGA